UUAAAGAAAUCGGGUGUGGGGUGGAAAGAAAGAUAGAAGCAAAUAGCUGAGAGUUUUGGUGAAGAUAACAGAGAAAGCGCCGAUUUUUGGAUUUGUUUGCAAUCAUAUUGAAAAUCUAAAACACACUCAGCAAUCUUAACAAAUUUAUCUUUCACUGUUUGAUUUUCUCGAGAAAAUCAUCCUUUUCUCAGUAACCAAAGCAAAUAUUCAAAAUCUUCUGCAGUUUUUGCUGCUGCAGCUGCUGUGGUGCCAAUACAUAAUCAACCAAACAGUUGUAAGUCAUUGAUUUUGCCCAUGUCUUAAAAUGCAGGAUGAUUGGAGAUAAAUUUUUGUAGAUUCCAUUGGAUUGACGACAGAUCUUGAGUUUCUUCCAAAUUUUGUUGCAGAGAGAGAGAGAGAAUGGAGAAGGAAAAGAAGAGUCAAACAGCUACAGAAACGGAUUUUGUGUUGCAAUGGGGAACCAAAAAGAGGCUUAGAUGUGUGAAAGUGAAAAAAGACCAAAACUUGGCCAACAAAUCUAAACCAAUUGAUUCUUUGCCAAAGAAGAAAUUCACAUCUCGUGUUGUCAAUGCCGAGAAAGAAUCUCCUCGUGUCAUCAAGAAUUCUGAGUUGCCAAUGAACAAUAGGAAGUCAUCAGUAUCAUCACCAGAGAAAGAAGAUCGAUACUACACAACGAGGGGAUCAUUGGCAUUGGAUGACAAUGGCAAGGUUUUGAUGGAUAAUGUGAAGGAAGAUAAGGGUCUGGUAUGGCCUAAACUAUUUAUUUCAUUGUCUAGCAAAGAGAAGGAAGAGGACUUCAUGGCUAUGAAAGGAUGCAAGCCUCCUCAAAGACCUAAGAAAAGAGCCAAGCUGAUACAAAAAACUCUACUUUUGGUAAGUCCAGGCGCAUGGUUAACAGAUUUGUGCCAGGAGAGGUAUGAAGUUAGGGAAAAGAAGGCUUCCAAAAAGAGACCUAGAGGAUUGAAGGCAAUGGGAAGUAUGGAAAGUGACUCAGAAUGAGAGAUUUAAUGGAUGCAAGAGUAUUUUGGUUUUUGAUGGUUAGGAUAGGAGGGACAACUAGAAACAUGGUUUUUUUUUUUUUUUUUUUUUUUUCCUUUUCUUGAAAGAAAAGAAAAAAGAGAAGCAAGAAAUAUGAAUAGCAUGGGGGUGUCUCUCUCUGUCUUUUUGUCAAUUUGAUGUUUGGAAUAUAAUUGAAGUCAUUUUCUU